AUGGAACCAACAUCCACAACACAGACAACAACCACUACCAAAACGACCAUAACUACGAUUACGACUACUGUCACAACAACAAAACCUAUAACGACAACUACUACCACAACAACAACUAUUAUUACCACAACAACAACGACGACUACUACCACAACAACGACUGCUACUAAAACUACAACUUCAACAACUACGACUACGACUACAACUACGACAACAACCACUACAACAACUACAACUACUACGACAACCACAACAACCACUACAGACACAACCACAACCACAACCACAACUACAACUACAACAACAACAACAACUACAACUACGGUUACUGCGACAACAACAACUACAACUACAACAACUUCCACAACUACCACUACAGACACAACCACAACCACAACUACAACUACAACAACAACAACUACAACUACAAUAACUACAACAACAACAACUACAACUACAACUACAACAACUUCCACAACUACCACUGCAGACACAACCACAACCACAACUACAACUACAACUACAACUACAACAACUACAACAACAACAACUACAACUACAACAACUUCCACAACUACCACUGCAGACACAACCACAACAACAACCAUAACAACAACUACUACAGAAACAACAACCACAACAACCACUACAGACACAACCACAACAACAACUACAACAACUACAACAACAACAACAACUACCACUACAGACACAACCACAACAACAACUACUACUGAAACAACUACAACAACUACCACUACAACAACAACAACUACAACAACAACAACAACAUCAACUACAACGACCACCACUACAACUACAACAACAACCACAACUACAACAAGUACAACAUCAACUACAACAUCAACUACAACGACCACCACUACAACUACAACCACAACUACAACAUCAACAACAACAACAGGUGAGUAG